UCUGCAUUGACCAGAGGGAGUAUUUUUUAUGACAUUCAUUACUCUGCAUUGAUUAUUUGAAACUUUUUCACACAUUUAUAAAAUCAAAUCAUAUCAAUAUAUUAGUUCCUAAAUAUUUCUAUAGAUAUCGACAAAUGUAAAAAAGUGUGUAUAAAUUAAUUCCUUACUUUUUUUUUUUGACCAGAUUAUUAUGUAUAAAACGCAAGCCUCAUUGUCUAAAUCUUACAGUUCUUUUAUUUUUCUCUUGCAAUUUUUCAAGAAUGUUUUCACAAAAUAUGUUUUUUGCAAAACCCUCCACUUCAUCAAUCUUAAUCCGACCGGUGUGGUCAUUCAAUCUCGAAUCAGAGUUCAAACUCAUCCGGUCAUUCGUGGAUUCACAUCCGAUCAUUUCAAUGGACACCGAGUUUCCCGGCGUCGUCAUCCUCCCUGACGGCAUCACUGACUUAUCAUCUUACCACCGAACCCCUGCUGCCCACUACUCUGUCCUCAGGGCGAAUGUUGAUAGUCUUAAUAUCAUCCAAGUCGGUCUGACUUUAUCUGAUUUUGAUGGUAAUCUUCCAAAAUUGAGAAAUGGAAACUCUGAGGAGUCUCUGAUUUGGGAAUUCAAUUUCAGUGAUUUUGACUUGGAGCGUGAUAUUCACGCGCAUGAGUCUAUUGAAUUGCUGAAGAGUCAGGGGAUUGAUUUUGAGAAAAACAAGGAAUUUGGGAUUGACUCUAGGAGAUUUGCUGAAUUGAUGAUGAGUUCUGGACUUGUGUGUAAUGAGGAGGUUAGCUGGGUGACAUUUCAUAGCGGUUAUGAUUUCGGAUAUUUGGUGAAGGCGUUGACUCAAUAUGCUUUGCCUGAAGAGCUUGCUGAGUUUCUGGUGCUGGUUAGGGUUUUCUUUGGGGAGAGUGUUUAUGAUGUGAAGCAUUUGGCAAAGUUUUGUGAGGGGUUGUAUGGUGGUUUGGAUAGGGUUGGGAAGAUGCUGAAUGUGGAUCGGGUUGUUGGGAAGACUCAUGAGGCGGGUUCUGAUAGUUUGCUGACUCUUCAUGCUUUUAGGAAGAUCAAGGAAGUUUACUUUGGGAAUGAUGAUGGUCAACUGAUGAAGUAUGCUGGUGUGUUGUAUGGAUUAGAAAAUGUUGUUUGAUGAAAUAUGUUUGUUGUUGUAGAUUGUGUGUUAUGUUUAUUUUCGACAUAAAGUGAAAAUUAUAUGUUAUUAAUGAAAUUGGAUGGAUUUUCUUUUAUUAUGUGAAUUAUAUAUAUGUAUGUCUUUGCAACUGAUCGAUCUCCCGUGCAAAUUUUUGGUACUAAUGUUUUUGAAUUUUGAUUAAGAUUAUGAAAUUGCUAGGAAUUGAGUUUUUUAAACUAUUGAGUGUUAUGUACUAAUGGUUAAUUCUUGAUGCUUUUUUGCUUGAAAUCAAUUAGAAAGAUUUGGAUUCGGGUGCUAAAUACUAAAUAGAUUGUUGUGAUUCGUUUUAUAAAAUAGAAUUUUCAUUGAGGAGACAAAUUUCAUCCUUUUUAAGGAAAUAAGUUUCGCUCCUGGGCAAGUAGUAGUUAAUUAUUUGCUUGAAUGAAAGAUAUAGCAGGGCAAAAAAGAUUUGCAUCUUUCACAAUUUCAUAAUAGAGUUGUUAUGGUAUGAUAUUUAACAAAACAUUGUGUGGAAUAACGACGGAUAUAAUUAGAACCUUGAUGAUAUUUAAUGUGAUGCCCUAAUGUAGAAUGUGGAUUGAACUAACCAUCUAUUAAUUUUUCGAUCUAUCAAGUUAGAGUAUAGUAUUCUGGCAAGUGAUAUUUUUGCGGCUCAGUUUGGGAAUGCUUUUUGAUUUUCCCGUUACUUCUUAAGUUCUGAUCAGUGCUACGGUGUCGGUGAGAACUGUCCGGAUAAUUACAGGCUUACUACAUGUGAGAAUGUCUCUAUGUAGUCAAAUUCAGGUUGUGGAUGAAAUUCAUAGUGUGUACAAGUUCGCGGUAAGUUUGAAAACUGUGACACACCAGUUUGUUUCAUUUUCAGAAAGCUGCAAAUUAGGAUAGCUAAAGAACACUGCAAACGCAGCAAAAAAUGUUUGCAGCGGUUGAAGAUGGAAGGAAAAAAUUUGAUAGAGCAAGCCAGCAUGAACAAAGCUCAGCAGUGGCAAAACUUAACAAAUUGACAAAGCAUCAUUUGUCAUAAUUCAGAAGAGUCUCAUCUUUUCAACCAGGACAACCGAAGCUGAAAACAUUGAAGCGAACAUGCCAACAAACUCAGGAAUCAUUCUUUGUAACAAAAGAAGAUGAAAGACAAUGACAGAGCAUGGAUCAUUCUUCAUUGUUCGAAACUGAGUGCAUGGGAAUGCUGUAUACAGUAUACAUCAAACUCAGCGAAUAUGGAUGAUUGCAGAAUAUGAAAGGAGGAAGCAUAAUAAGAAAACAAGAAGAAUGAAAAGGAAGAUGAAAGUGUUUUUUGAAGUGGGAAAAUUGUAUGCACUGGGAGAGGAAGACAAGUGUGUUCUGCCGCUUCCUGGGAUGAAAGGUUUGCAGUUUCAUCUUUAUUGUGGCUCAAUUUUUUGUUUUAUAACUGACUGUCAAUCACUUUUCUUGCUUAACAGAUAUAUCAUAUAUGUAUAAAUGAAACGAUAAUUUCUUUUGUUUGAAGCCUUUUAUUUUCAUUGUUUGUAGAAAGGCAGGCCUAUCAGAAACUAUUGUGAACCCGGUAAUCAUCAAUUAACAACAGUAGACAAACCAUUUGCUUGUUCUGCACAUGGUGUUAUUUUUACCCAAAAACUUCUGUGUUGUGUAUCCAAUGCAUGCCCAUUGGUUCAUUAAUUUAUUUUUACAGUAUAUCAAAUGUACCAAUUUAAGGUAGUAUUUCAGUAUUUUUGAUUGUUUCUAUCUUUAAGUUGCAACAAUUGCCGCAUUAUUGAAAGAGCACAAAUGGAUAAUGUCAUUCAAUUGCAGCGUACCUUGGAUUUUGGAUGACUUCUAGUUUUUGUGAUACUAAAGCUGAAUGAUGGAAGAAAAUAGCAUGGUAGUAGCUCCAUUCAAUUGUAACAUGUUUCUAUGCUUUGGGAUGACUUCAUCGUAGGGCUGCGAAGAAGACUGCAUUUUGUUGUGUAGAGCAUAUACGAAAUUAAAACAAUCUCAAUCGGUUAUCUUUGCUAUGACAUCUUUAGAGCAUAUUGAAGAGGAACUUAAACUAUGCGAGGAUAAAAAUGAUACGCCGGAGCAGGUCUUCCAACGUGUGAGUGGAGUUCUUGAGGCGUGGCAGCAUGCUCGCCGAUCUGAUUCUAUUGCCGGCGCCGAAGGACAAAUGCAUAAUGCAGUUUGGCAGCCACCACCCGCCAGUUUCCUCAAAUGCAAUGUCGAUGCUGCUGUUUUCAUGGCGACAAAAAAGUUACACGCGAGCAUAUUAGCAAGAUGGAGAUGGAUGUUUGCUAGGUGCAAUGUCAGGCGUGUACAGGGCUGCCAUGACACCUUCUGAAAGAGAAGCCUGGGGACUUCUUCAAAGCCUCAAAUGGACUAUUUCAUUAGGACACCAUGAUGUGAUCUUUGAACUAGAUUGCAAAAUGGUUGUUGAUGAUAUUCAUUCGAACAAAUUAAACCGCUCGGAUCAAUCUUGCAAACUUGUAAAAGUUUACUUCAAAUUUAUAGCAACUAUGAAGCUGUUAUAAAUUGUUAAGUCACUUUUCUGGCAGGUGAUUGUUAAGUCAUACAUUCCCAGUCUUUUAAGUUGAUUGAAGCUAGAAUUAGAUAAUAUACAUAACAGUGUGUGUGUGUGAGCACAUAAUGUACAUAAUAGUGAUGAAAAACAAAUAUAUACAAGAUUAAAAAAAACAUAUUCAAUUUCUAAUUCAUAUUACAUGAGUAAUUUUUAUUAUAAUACUGGUUUUCCUAUUACAAGGACUCAACAAAAGUGAGAG